ACGGCAAGUCUAACUUUUGAUUACGUUUUCAGUAUCCGCCAUUUUGAUUUCAGAAUUUGACAGAUUUGUUUGCCUGCCUGCGUCUUGAAGUGCAAUUUUGAACAGUGUUUCCAAGUAGCUGGCCGAGCUUCUCAGCGGCGGCGGCGGCGUAACGCUCCAUGACACUGCAGCCCGGGGAGGGAGGGAGGGAGCUAACGGUAACGCCGCCGGGCAUGAGCAGCCAGCACGGGGCCUGCGGGUGACCUGACGGUUCAGUCGCCGAGGAAACGGUCGCUGCCACGGCUCUCUGCUUGUGGAUGACGACUGAAUAACGAUGGACAUAGCGGCACAGUCGUUUGCUGGGUGCUCAACCAAAAUCUGUUAGCCCGUGUAAACGCCUCCUAGCUCGUUACCAACGUCAGACGAGACAAGGUCUAAGGUGUUCUCUUCAGUGUGUGAAAGAGUAUGUCCGUGUGUUUGGUGUUAGUAUGAGUGACGUGGCUGUGUGUGCUGUCAGAGUGGUGUGUUUACACGAUUUCGUUGAUGCUGAUUCAUGUCCAGGCCUUGCAUUGUCAGUAAGACAAAUGACUGGCUGUGCAGAAAGAUCUGACUGAGGAUUUUACUCUGGAACUGUAUGCACUUGUGUCUUCAGCCAUGUUUUGGAAGUUUGACCUACACACGUCUUCUCACCUGGAGGCUUUGCUGGAGAAGGAGGAUGUUACGCUCACUGAGCUCAUGGAGGAGGAGGAUGUACUGCAAGAGUGCAAGGCCCAGAACCGCAGACUCCUCCUGUUCUUGUCCCAGGACCACUGUAUGCAGGAACUGCUCCAUCUGAUAACUACAGAGCCCCCUGCUGGUGUAGACGAAAUGAAACGAUUCAAGUAUCCAAACAUAGCAUGUGAGCUGUUGACAUGUGAUGUGGGGGUGAUCAAUGAUAAGUUGGGUAACGAGGAGACAAUGUUGGAGACUCUGUAUUCCUUCCUGGAGCAGCCAUCACCCCUGAACCCCCUCCUGGCAUCUUUCUUCAGCAAGACCAUUGGGAAUCUUAUCACACGCAAGACCGAGCAGGUGAUUAGUUUCCUGCGAGGGAAGGAGGGAUUCCUCUCCCUGGUACUGAAGCAUAUUGACACAUCAGCCAUGAUGGACCUGCUGCUACGACUUAUUAGCUGUGUUGAGCCAGCACCUCUCCGACAGGAGACACUUAAUUGGUUGAAUGAGGAGAAGUUGGCGCAGAGACUCAUAGAGCUCAUUCACCCCGAGAGAGAUGAAGAGAGGCAAUCCAACGCAUCUCAGACCUUGUGUGACAUCAUCCGUCUGAGCAGAGACCAGGCCAAUCAGCUCCAAGAGAUCUCAGAGCCUGACCCUUUACUCGCUGCGCUGGAAUCGCAGGAGUGUGUGGGACAGCUCUUGCAGAAUAUGUUCUCGGGUGAGAGGACUGAGAGCUGCAUUGUCAAUGGGAUUCAAGUUCUCCUAACAUUACUGGAGAUCAGGAGGCCUGUGGUGGAUGGUGUAAUGGACGCUCAGGGAUUUGAGAGAAGUUAUGCUGUCAACAGCAGCAUUCUGUUGGCCAUCCAACCGCAGCUCAUACAUUUCCACCAGCUAUUGCUGGAGCCGCCCAAGCGUAGUCCCAUGCUGACUACUUUGGGUGUGCUGGAGGAGCCAUUGGGUAACACACGUCUUCACGUAGCCAGACUGGUGGCCUCACUACUGUACACCAGCUCUGCUAGCCACGCCGUUGUAGCACAGGAACUCUGCCGGCUCAAUACCAUGGACCUGCUUCUGGACUUGUUCUUUAAAUACACAUGGAAUAACUUUCUGCACCUCCAAGUGGAGCUUUGUGUUGCUGCCAUCCUCAGGCCUUGUGCCCAUGAAAUGAGACUUCAGCCUGGCCUGGGAUCCCAGGAGAAGUCCUCCCUUCAUCAGGACGCCCUGCAGGAGCAGGCAUUAUCUGAGCCACAAACCCCUGAACCAACAGUCACCCCUGAAAAUUCUGCACAUAACACACUGGUGACUCAUUUGUUUCAGCACUGCCAACUUGUCCAGAGAAUUCUUGGAGCCUGGGAGGAGAAUGAUAAAAUACAGUUGGAGGGUGGUAUGAGGAGAGGGUACAUGGGACACCUGACCAGGAUUGCCAACACAGUGGUCCACAACAUGGAGAAGGGCCCAGUCCACACCCAGAUCAGCAGACUCAUUGCAGAGCUGCCAGAGGAAUGCAGAGGGUGCUGGGAAACCUUUGUGGACCAGACCCUGUCAGAGACCAACAGGAAGAACACCAUAGACCUGGUUGGUGCUCGAAACUUGCGCCAUUCUUCAGAGGAUGAUAUGGAGAGCCCCUUCCCCAAAGAGCUAACACUGCAGCAGGCCUUCUCAGACUAUCAGAUUCAGCAGAUGACUGCUAACUUUGUGGAUCAGUUUGGCUUCAAUGAUGAAGAGUUUACUGACCAUGACGACAGCAUUGGUGCAACUUUUGACCGGAUUGCAGAGAUCAAUAUCAACAUUGAUGCAGGCCAGGACAGUGCUAACACAGCUGUGUUUGAGGCGUGUUCCAAGGAGAAGAUUCAGCCCUUUGAUGAUGAUGAAGAGGACAUCUGGGAGGAAAAAGAGAUCAACUAUGCAACACAAACCAAGUCCCGAAACAGGUUUGGUGGUUCCCGGUCAUCCCAGAGUGAUGCAGCAAGCAAGGCCUUUGACAGGACAGCAGGUUCAGGCACAGAGGGCAGUGAUAGGACAGCAGGUUCAGACACAGAGGAAGGAGUGGAACUUAAAGAGGGCCUGGAUCCCUUUUCAAGCCAGGGCCAAGCUGAGGGGACCCAGAGUGCUGGCUGGAUAGCAGACUUCGGGGAAGUGAACUCAAAGGCCCCAGCAGCGGGAGCAGGUUUUGCAGCUUGGGACAGUCCUGCCUCCCAUCCAGCAACCACAGAGACAGAGGAGAAAGGAUGGGCCAAGUUCACUGACUUCCAGCCUUUCUGCUGCUCAGAAACGGGCCCCAGGUGCAGCUCUCCUGUGGACUCAGAACUCAGUGGAUCAGACAGAACCAAACCAAACCAGAACCCGUGUGUGUGGAGUGUGUGCGUGGCGAGGAAGGCUCCACUGGUGGCGUCAGACAGCUCUUCCUCCGGCAGCUCAGACAGUGACGAGGAGGAAGACAAGACAGAGUCUGUAUCCUUGGAGAUGGUCACAACAGAGACCAUCACCACGGGUGCUGGCAAAGAGACUAUCCGGCUCACCAUGGACGCCAAAAAUGAGAGGGCAGUCUUCACAAGUGAGGCAGACAAAGUGCCAGGAGAGGGACUUCCCCUCAAAGAUAAAGGGAAAGGCAAUGAGAAAGACAGCAAGAAGGGAAAGAAAGAUGGGGACUUUGCCAGCACAACUACCACCAGUCCAUCUGACCGGGCGGCUGCAGUCAAACAAGAGACACAGCCCUCUGCUAAUGGACCGGCUUAGCGGUGCAGCACAGGCACACACAUGCUCCACUCACAAGUCUAUUAAACACACACAGCCAUGCCACCUUCUCUACCUGUUAGUGGCCCUCCCAUGCCGUUUUGUUUGUGUCCAAAGUGAUACAAACAAACCCAAAAUCAAAGGGCCCUUAACAAUAUGUAUUUUGGAUACAAGAUACAAAUAUACAAAUAGCUACAUAUGAUACAUCUCCUACAUCUCAGUGACAUCAACACAGCAGGAUAGUACAGAUGAGGGAUGGAUGUUUUUUAUAGUACGGCCUUGAAAGACACGCCCCACACCCCCAAAAGCCAAAUUGUGACAUAUUGUGAGGUCAUAGCAUAUCUUUUUUAUGGAACAGCAAAAAAAUCUCUGUCUAGCAUCUAGCAUUUGACUGUUUACAUCAGUAGGCAAAUGGUAUUAAACUGUUGAGCUAAGCUUGCUAGCAGGCUAGCUGCCAUGUUACACAGUGAAAAAUAAAUCUUCAUCAGAUCACCACCCCACCCCACCCCAAAUUUUGAUGUACGUGCUAACCAGAUGGUUUAUUAAUGCAAACAUGUGAGUGCUAAUAAUUCAGCGCUUUUGAGCCCCCUUUUGUCAUAGAUGCUACCUAAAUCAUUUGUCAGUCCUAGCACGUUUUUUUUUUUUUUUUUUUUACUCCUGUGGAACCUGAGAGCUCUUUUCUUAAUUUGUGAGUAACCGAUUUGAAUUAUGAACACAUCUACAAUCAUGCUUAUCUGUUCAUACUGCGUCAUCUGUCACUUCCUCCUCCAACAUCAGAGGGAGUCAAGUGGUGGAGAGGUGUGUGCUGUUUUAUGUAAGUGUGUAGACAUGUGUGCCUGUAUGUGUGUUUGAGCUCUGUCUGAGGUACAGAGUGUAUUCUCAGGUCCAAGAAGAGGUAUGUAGAUACAAAGAAAGCACACCUGUGUAACACACGCACACAUACCAUACACACAUGUGUACACACAGCCAUAUCCACUCACACACGCAGACACAAAAACACUCAUACAUAAUGAUGUGCACAUACAAACCCAUAUCACCCACAAAGCUGUUUAAAUGUAAUAUUGUGACAUUUGAACCUGUAUUAGGUUGUGGCUAUUCUUCUUGGUAAUAUGUACACGUAAUAUAAAUGUAAACAGUAUAUAUACACAUUAUAUCUAUUUUUGGAAUAAAUCCAGAUGUAUGGCAAGGGGUUUGUUUUGCAGGUUGCAACGUGUGUAAUGUAUGUGUGUGUUGUACUGUUGAAAUGAGGCAAUAAUGACGUCUGUGUUUUGGUUUACACCCCAGCAUCAGUUCCUGUUCCUCUGCUACAUGCUUUCUGUGUGGGGGUUUGGGAGUGUGCAUGUGCCUGGAUGUGCUUUGGUGACCCGCGGUAUGUCUUCCACAUUGUUUACAUAAGUUACGUGUGCCAGCCAUGUUUUAUUUUAUCUUUCUCCUCGUCUCUCUCUUUCUCAGGGCAGGAGUUGACUUUAAUUACAUAUGCCUAUGAACCGAUUUACUUAGAUUGCUGUAUUUUUAAUUUUUAAAGCACUUUUGAGAAGCACUUUUUUGGUUUGUACUUGGUGGUGAUAGAAGCCACCAGUAUUCCCUUCUCAAAGAGAUGGGAAUGUUUGAUUUUGAAUGAGUUAUAUACGUAGAUAUUUUAGAGUUAUUUUUCUAGUAUGCUUUUUGCCAAAGUGUGUCUUCCCACCAGUGUACAACUGGGUUUCAUAUCUGUGAAGUAGCCUCCUCCUCUGUGAUGGUUUACAGCUGUCGGCGAGGAGAACAAAUUUGGUCUGGACUUAAACUCUUAACCAGUCUUUGUGUGAGCCCUCCUUCCUUAAUUCCUAUUCAGAAAACUCAUUUGGAGGAGGUGCUGGGGUAGGAGAGGAUGGAGAGUGUCAAAGAAAGACUACAAAGAUUACUAGAUCAUCACAUGGGAAACUGGAAUGAAGAGAAGCUUGGAAGCCAAUAGAGCUGGCCCGGUUCCAUUUGCCUCCAGCCUCUAGAGGCUUCCUUCAGCUAGCUCUCAACUUUUCAUAAUUCUUGAAGCAAAUUUUACUUUAACCAUUCAGCACUUUGAGAUGUUUGAAAUGGAGCUGGGCAGUGAGUCAGGUUUAGUUUGAGCCGAGCAGGAAACCAGGGCUGCUCUCCGGGUCCUUUUUAGUCAGGGUUGUGUACAGCAUAGGAGCAUUUCAUCCCAUCUUCCCAAAAUCCAACUACUGCAUCUGACCCUCACCUUUGUGUGUUGGCGUGUGUCUGCACAUGUGAGUGUCUCCUUUCCAAUUGGGAGUGUUUGUGUGGUACAGUGUGCAGUGUAGCUACGGGUAUGGUAAGAUGUUAUGCGUAAUUGCAUGAACUACAUUAGAGUCAUCUUUAAGUGCCAUUAAGUUUGCACAUUUAGCCUCAUUUCACCUCAUGGUCGUGUACUGCAUCACGCAGUAUGUGUCCUAAACUCAUUGAUAGACAGUGGGUGGUAUUAUUACUUUUUUUUUUUUUUUUGAUCACCUGAUACUUAGACUGAGGUCAUUGCAGAGUUUGAUUCUUCCUUGCGUUAUAGCUUACCACAUUGACCUCUCUGUGUGUGUGUGUGUGUGUGUGUGUGUGUGUGUGUGUGUGUGUGUGUGCGUGCGUGCGUGUGUGUGUACGCGAGCCUGUGGAAGUGAGGGACGGUAUUAAAGACAGCUGUGUUGUGAAAUGCCUUUUUUGUAAAGUGGACUGAUGCUGGUGGUUUUUUUCCGUAUAGAAAGUAACGUGUCUGUUACCUGUUGUCAAAUUUAGCUUGUACAUUCAGAUAUGAACCUAAUAAAUAUGUCACAUCAUAAAGAA